UUGAUGACACAUUGUAGAUCGGCAGCGGUAGCAGCGACACGCCACGGACAGCAGCUUUUAGCAGUGCUGAACAUACCCUCCGGAGCCUUGGGGAUCCCGAUGGACAGCCUCUGACGCAGGCGUGACGUUCGCUUUUCGCAACAAUGAAAGGGCUGAAGCCGAGCGUGGGGACAGCCGAAGAAGGAGGGGUUCAACUACAUAUAACCAUGCCCCACGAGCCCCAAUACACACCUUGGUUUGCUUCAAGUCACCAGAAGCGUGUAAUUAGAAGCACUUCGACAGACGGUUGUUACUCAUAAUCGUGGUCGAAUAAACGUCUUCAGAUUAUACGUAAUCUCCAGCAGUGAAAACAUAGUGCUUUCAGGCUGAAAAAAAUUUACUAGUUGAGUCUUUUAUCGAAACUCUGGAGUAUCCCACCAUGGCUGCUGUGGCUGCUGCACAGAAAAAUCGCGAAAUGUUCGCAAUUAAAAAAUCGUAUAGCAUUGAGAAUGGUUAUCCAGCAAGACGACGUUCUCUUGUUGACGAUGCUCGAUUUGAGACUUUGGUGGUGAAGCAAACCAAGCAAACUGUUUUAGACGAAGCACGUCUUCGAGCCAACGACUCUAGUGUUGAUCCUGAAAUCGAAAUUGAUGAAACCUCUACCCAAAAAUCCGGCGAAAUUUCCGAACAAGACACCGGACUAACCGAAGAAGAAGUAGUCCUUUCUAAUGCUAUCGCUGAAGGACCUGAAGCUGAGAAGGCUUUGCAACGUGCCGCUUUAAUACUUCGCUUACGCGAAGGAAUGAAUUCCUUAUCACGUGUACUUAAAAGCAUUGAAAAAUAUCAAGGAUUAGUUUGUCAUUUAGAAACACGUCCUAGUCAAAACGAUAAUAAUCAACUGGAUGCUCUUAUAAAAGUUGAAAUGACGCGAAUCACCCUUCUACAACUGAUUAAAUCGCUUCGCCAGUCAUCAUCUCUAGAACAUGUGACCCUUAUUGGUGAAGACAAUAUUUCAGCCAAGAAUCCGUGGUUCCCCCGACAUGCUAGCGAUCUGGAUAACUGCAAUCACCUUAUGACCAAAUAUGAACCCGAUCUUGACAUGAAUCAUCCAGGUUUUGCUGACAAGGAAUACCGUGCACGACGUAAAGAAAUUGCCGAAAUAGCGUUUGCUUACAAAUAUGGUGAUGCUAUUCCAUUCAUUGAGUACACAGAAACUGAAAAUAAAACAUGGGGUGCUGUUUUCAACACUGUCCUUGACCUAAUGCCUAAACAUGCUUGUGCUGAGUACUGUCGUGUAUUUAAACUGUUGCAAGAAGAAGGAAUUUUUACAGCGGAUCAUAUACCUCAGCUUGAAGAAAUGUCCAAUUUCUUAAAACGCCACACAGGAUUUUCAUUAAGACCAGCCGCAGGUUUAUUAACAGCUCGUGAUUUCCUUGCAUCACUCGCUUUCCGUAUCUUUCAAAGCACCCAAUACGUCCGUCACAAGAACACUCCGUAUCACACCCCAGAACCAGACUGCAUUCAUGAGCUCCUCGGUCACAUGCCUCUGCUUGCCGAUCCAAAUUUCGCGCAAUUCUCUCAAGAAAUUGGACUUGCCUCCCUAGGUGCAUCAGAUUCCGAAAUUGAAAAAUUAUCAACGGUUUAUUGGUUCACUGUUGAAUUUGGUCUCUGCAAAGAAAGUGGAGUUGUGAAAGCCUACGGUGCCGGACUACUUAGUGCAUACGGUGAACUUCUGCAUGCCCUAAGCGAUAAACCUGAGCUGCGACCAUUUGAACCUGCCGUGACGGCAAUUCAACCUUAUCAAGAUCAAGAAUAUCAACCCAUUUAUUAUGUUGCAGAAAGUUUCGAUGACAUGAAAGAUAAAUUCAGGCGGUGGGUGUCUGCUAUGUCGCGACCAUUUGAAGUAAGAUUUAAUCCACACACGGGAAGAGUAGAAGUAUUAGACUCUGUAGAGAAACUUGAAUCACUUGUUCACCAAUUGAAUACUGAAGUUCUUCAUUUAUCAAAUGCUAUCAAUAAAAUGAAGUUGCCGUCAUAUCAGUAAAAAUUUUGUGAAUUCUAGAGAGUAGCUGAGUGACUGGAGCUAUUCUCUUUGCUUUCAUUGGCAUUGUUGUAUAAAGUUGUCAUUAUUUGUAACAUAGUAUUUUAUUUUUAAUUAUUUUUAUAGUAGUCGUAGUGUAGACAAGUGAACAAGUAGCUUGCGAUCUCACUUCAGAAGUUGCACCUAUUUAGCUGCGAUAUUUUUGUUAAUAUUAUUAAUUUAAUUUCUCUACAUGUCGCUUAUUUAUUAGUGAUAUUAAUGUAGAGGCAUGUUAAACUAUUUAUUUAAUUGCACCUGCACGAAAUGAUUAUAUAUUAUAUGUCUGAUAUAUGUUUAAGUACUGUUUGUUGUAACAUAUAAAA